CUAAACAAAAAUGAGUUGAAUGGUGUAUAUGCAUUUAUGAAUCCUGCAUAUGUGGCAUCUAUUGAUGGCUUAGGGUACAACGAGCGUGUAGCUUUGCUUUUUCAGCGAUUGAGCAACAUACAACUAGAUCGAUUCCUUAUUUGCCCUUGGUACGAUGAGUAAGUACUUACUAUGGCUUAAGUUGGUCCAUGAGACUUUGCAUAUUUUUGAGUUUUUCUUUUAAUAUUGCUUUCACAAAUAAUGAGAAGGAGAAAAGUUAUGUUUGGAUAUGGACUAUGGACUAUAGAGUGAGAUAAUGAGAUUUAGGAAGAUAAUUUAAAAUAAGCAAGUUGUUUGCCCCUGGUACAUUGUUAUUAUUACAUUGUUGUUGUUAUGAAAAAAGUUUUAUCCAUACCUUACUCUAUUAUAUAAUGAUUGGUAUUAGUAAUCUUAUUAGUUUGUUUGAUUUUGUGUUUAGCGAACACUGGAUGGUUAUCUUAAUCCAAACGGGAUCGCAGAGUGUAGAAUUUUCGGAUUCCAAAAACAAAACCAUUCGUCAAGAUAUUAAAAGAUGUGUUCAAACUGCUCUUGAGAGGUACUACCUUGAGAAAAGAAACCAACGGUCAGUAGCAAUAAGCUUCACUGAGUACAGAUGUCCAGAGCAACCAGAUGGCAACCAGUGUAGGUAUUAUAGCAUGAGAUUUAUUAAAUCAUUCAUGACUGAAAAUAAUCCUACACGAAAAUUGGAAACAGAGUUUAAAAGGAACAUAUCAUCUUCUUACACUAACAAAGAAAUCAAUGAAAUACGUGACGAAUGGGCAAAUUAUGUCAUGCAGAUGAUAGCAGUAGGAAAAUGACUAAUAACAUAGAGUAUGAUGACCAAUGAUCCCUCAUGGACGAUCCCCAUGUGAUCUAAGAAAAUGAUUGAUAGGUUUGACAUCGAUCUUAGUUACUAUUGUCUUGCUUUUUUAGUUUUUAGGAAGUGAUCUCCAGCUAUUUGAUUAAAGUCCCAAGUGACUACCUGGAGACUUAUUUCGUUCUUAGUAUACAUAUUUUUAAAUGUUCAGAAGAUAUUCUACAAAAGAUUGCAAAAUGUAAAAACUUAAUUGGAUUUCCUUCUUUUAUAUUGCAUUACUAAACUUUGAUGGCAUAUUAUGGUUUUCAUGAAGCUUUAAUUCUUUUGAAGAGUGUUAAAUGUAUGAAUUUUCUUAUAAAAAUAUUAUUAUUGUUAUUAUGUUUUUUCAUCAUUGUUGGAAAUCUAAAUAAUAAAAAUACAAGAGGAGAAUUGAAUUAAUA